AUGUUAGAAUAUCGUCAAAAUAACAUCUAAGUUAUAGUAAGAGUAAAGCCUGAAUCAGGUUGUAUUUAGGUUGACGAGUGCGAUUCAACCGCAUUAUCAAUAUCGAACAAGCAAUAUCGUUACGAUCAUGUGAUUCCUCCAAGGGCUUCAUAAUAGGAUGUAUUCACAUUGAUAGGACAACCACUGAUUAACAAUGCUUUAUAAGGCUAUAAUGGGUGUGUCUUUGCUUAUGGUUAGACUGGAAGUGGCAAAACUCACACCUUAAUUGGUAAUAAUGAUGGAUUGCUUCCACAAUGUCUACAAUACAUUUUUGCUUGUUCUAUUGAGGAUCACAGUGUCAUCAUCAAAGGUUCUUAUCUAGAGAUCUACAACGAGUAGAUAUUUGAUCUGCUUUCAUCGUCUUCAACUUCUUUACAAAUAAGAGAGGAUCCCAAGAAAGGGAUUUAUGUCGAAAACUUGAAUGCUGCUGUCAUUUCAAAUUACGAUGAAGCUAUAGCCUUGCUAAGAAAGGGCAAUUCUAAUAGACACAUCGCGGCUACUAAGAUGAAUAGUGAAAGUUCAAGAAGUCAUGCAGUCUUUUUAAUUCAAUAUUCUACUUCGAUUUAAUAAGAAAAAUGUGAAGUUCAUUUAUAUUCGAAAAUGUACUUUGUUGAUUUGGCUGGAUCUGAGCGUUAGAAAACGGCAUAAACAGAAGGACAAAGAUUGAAGGAAACUCAAGCUAUAAAUAAAAGUUUGACUCAGCUUGGAUUGGUCAUUUAUGCAAUCGUAGAGAGAGAAAAAGGAAAUAAUAAAAUUCAUAUCCCAUUUAGAGAUUCUAAACUAACUACUCUUUUGAAAGAUUCACUCGGAGGCAAUUCUAAGACAUUCAUGGUGGCUGCGGUUAAUCCAUUGCACGAAGAGGAAAGCAUUUCAACUUUGAAAUUUGCAGAGAGAGUUAAGCAAAUAAAAGUUAAGGCUCAUGUCAAUAAAGAAUAUUCAGGAGAAGAGAUUACUAAGUUGAAUCUUCAAAUACAAUAACUGAAGGAAGAAUUGGUUAAGAAAACUAGAGAACUAGAAAACGUGUAGCCUAGUGAUGCUUUGUAAUCUUAAUUACAUAUGUAAUUCGAUGAAAUUUAGAAAUUACUUUAAUAGAUUCACCAAAGUGCUAUGCAGAUGGAAUUUGAAACUGUUGAGGGACUAUUGUAAGAGUAUGCUGAAAAGAAGAGUUAUAUUGUUUAGAUUUUAAAGUCAAUUAAUUUAUCAUUUAAAGAAGAGGAAACUACUAAUUAUCAGACUUUGAAUGAAAACAUUGAAUAUUAGAAUAAACUGAAGAUACAAUUGUUAUAAUAAGAAGAUGUCAUUUAUAAAUUACAAAAAAAGAAGAAGGAAUUGGAGCAAAACAUAGUUGACCAAUAAUAGGCUCAUAAGACUAUUCUUGCUUCUACUUAAAAGGGUUUUGAGGAUCAGAUCAAAAUGAAGGACUAUCUCUAUGAUUAAAUCAAAGAGGAUUUAGAUUAAAUGGAGGUCUCUAAAUUAUCACUAUAACAUCAACAUGAUAAAUUAAAGGAAGAAGUUCAACAAUAUAUUGAUAAAAUUGAACAAAUGUAGAUUCAAUUAUUUCAAAAUGAAUAGCAUCAAUCUUCUAUUUAUGAGGAGAAGAAUCAAAAUAUAUAAAAACUAGAUUAAGAUUUAUAAAAACAGAUAGAGUAUAAUUCUUAAUUGAGAUUGCAACUUGAAUAAAUUCAUGUCGAAAUCUACUAAAAUAAUUAAUAAUUCUAAGCGGAAACAAAUCUAUUGAAUGCUUAAAUUGAAUAAUAACAGCUCGAAAUUAAUAGAUUAAUGGAAUGGGUCUAGAAAUUAGAGGCUGAGAAUAUGAACAUCAAAUCAAAUAAUGAUUUUAAAAGAGAAUAUGAUUAAUUGACAUAGCAAUAUUCUAAUCUAAAAACAUAGUAAUAACAUUUAGAAUAAGAAUUGAAAUCUUUGUAAACUGAGAAUUAGUAUAACCUAAGUGUUAUAGAUAAUUUGGAGAUGUCAAUUAAAUCUUUUGAACUAUUUGAGGAUAAUUUGAGGUAGGAAAAUCAAUUAUAUAGAAACACCAUCCUUGAGUUAUAAGAAUAGCUCGAUUAGAAAUAAGAAAUAUUCUUAAACAUCUAAAAAUCAUUUAAAUUAGAUAAUUGUGAAAAUAUAAUUAAUGAAUUGAACAACAAAACUAAUUAACUUUACAGAAAUGAAUAGAAAUUGAGAUAAGAAAUAUCAUAAUUGAAGUCAGAAUAAUAAUUGUAUAUCUAAAAACUACAAAUUAGAGAUUAAACUAUAUCAGAUUUGCAAAAUGAAUUAUAGGAUUUACAAAAAACUCAUAGAACAAGUGAAGUGCAAAAGUAAAUAGAAUAAAAUGAAAAAAGCUAAAGUCAAAGGUAAUUGGAAUAAAAGAUAGCAUCCUUGAAAUUAGAGUAUGAUAAGAUAAAUAAAUCAAAAAAUGCAUUACUGGUGGAAUAUACAAAAUUAGAGAACAACCAAAAGGAGUUUGAGACAUUCUUACUAAUUCUCGAGAAGAAACUCUAAGAUUACGUGUCCAACACCUUUAGAAAAAAUAGAGUGAUGAGUUAAGAAUAAUAAAUUUUAUAUUUGAAAACUACUUAAAUCAAGCAAUCCAAAUUUGUGAUCAUUGAGGCUUUGGUUGAUAUAGUCAUAUUAGAUACAAUUGAUAGGUAAAUCAGAACAUUUUCUUAGAUAAGAAUAAAUUGA